ACCAAAACGAACGAGACGUUUUGACAGCCAGCUUUGCACAAUGGCUAGCUACUCUGCUUGCACUUUAAUUUUCUACAAAGUAAAAUCAAUAAUAAAUAAUGCGUCCGCCAUUGUAUAGAUUUUCGGUACUGUGUAUUUAUAUCAUAUUAUUCACAGAAUAAAAUGCAACGAUUUAACCAAAUAUACAUCGAAUUAUGGUAGUAAUCCUUUAAAAUGUACAGCAAAAGCAUAUUAUUUUUUGUGUUUCUACUUGUAAAAUCAGUGUAUCUUUACUGUGCUACAUACAAUGGACAAAUAUGUAGAAGUUAUACCAUCGGUUUAGUGUGGUACAAUAGCACCGGUGGACUAGAAAAUGAAAAAAUUACGGCAGGAUUAUGGAAAGAAAUGAUUUCUACUCUAAAAGAACCUUGCAGGAGUAGAGCAGAAAAGUUACUAUGUGCUUAUGCAUUCCCAAAGUGCGUCCAUAGAGAUGGCACUGGUAAUAUACCUUUGCCACUAUGCUUUGAAGAUUGUAUGGCUGUUAAAAUGCAAUUCUGUUACAAUGAUUGGGUGGUAAUUGAAGAACAGAAACGACGUGGAGUGUUUUUUGAGUCACGCGGACAUUUUCGGUUUCCGGAAUGUGAAGAACUUCCCAAAUUUUCUGGAAAAGGGUCUCACGCUACAUGUAAUAAUGCAGGCAUAACUGAUAUGGACUACAGCCAAAGAACAACAGAUUGUUACAGAGGUAAUGGUCGCUUUUACCAAGGGACCAAGAAUGUAACAGAAACCGGACUCAGUUGUCAGCCAUGGGAGUCACAGUUUCCUCAUCAACACACAAGACCUCCACUUGUAUUUCCAGAAAUACAAAACUCCACAAAUUAUUGUAGAAAUGCGGGAGGUGAAGAAAAAAAACCUUGGUGCUAUACCAUGGAUGCUAAUGUCAGAUGGGAGCACUGUGACAUACCUUUAUGUGCCAACUCCAGUGAAGAAUUUGAUGAUAUAAAUGGACCAAAUAUAGUUAUGGAAAAUUAUUUUACUCCUACAUUUGUUUUGAUUUUGUCGCUAGGAGGGCUUGGAUGUAUUUUAUGUAUAGCAUCAGUUGCAUUACUGUGUCAUUACUUUCUUAAAAAUCAUUAUUCAAAAUGCAACAUGUCAAAUCGAAGAAAUUUACAGAACACAGACAUUGAUUUAGAUAAAUUACCAAGCAAUAUGGCUUACCAUACAACAGGAGCACAACUAAAUCCCAAAUUAGAGAAAUUAGAAUUUCCCAGGAAUAAUAUAAUUUACAUCAGAGACUUAGGCCAGGGAGCUUUUGGAAGAGUUUUUCAGGCGAAAGCACCUGGGUUAGUACCUGAAGAAGAAUUUACACUAGUUGCUGUUAAAAUGCUAAAAGAUGAAGCUUCUCAUGACUUACAGUUAGAUUUUGAAAGAGAAGCUUGUUUGCUUGCUGAUUUUGACCAUCCUAAUAUUGUGAAACUGUUAGGUGUAUGUGCUAUUGGAAGACCUAUGUGCUUACUAUUUGAAUUUAUGGGCAAAGGAGAUUUAAAUGAAUAUCUGAGAGCUUGCAGUACAGCUACAAAUUUUCCACCUGCAGUUGAAAAUAGGGAAGAUCUAAGACUGCUAGCUUCUCCAUUAAGUCACUUAGAUUUGUUGCACAUUGCAAGGCAGAUAGCCUCUGGAAUGGUUUACCUUUCUGACAGGAAAUUUGUUCAUAGGGAUUUGGCUACAAGGAACUGCCUAAUAAAUGAUGACAUGGUUGUAAAAAUUGCUGAUUUUGGGUUAUCUCAUAAAAUUUAUUUGCAAGAUUAUUAUAAAGGUGAUGAGCAUGAUGCCAUCCCAGUGAGAUGGAUGCCUUUAGAAAGUAUUCUGUACAAUAAAUAUACUUUAGAAUCCGAUGUGUGGGCAUAUGGUGUAUGUCUUUGGGAAAUAUUUUCAUUUGCCCUGCAGCCAUAUUUUGGUAUGACUCAUGAAGAAGUUGUUAGAUUUUUAAAAGAUGGGAAUGUUCUUGCUUGCCCUGAUAAUACGCCCAGAUGUGUUUAUGAUUUGAUGAAACAAUGUUGGAACCAUCACCCUAGUGAUCGCCCAAAUUUUAGAUUUAUUUAUCAAACAUUGGAUAAUAUACAAAUAAUUCUGGAAAGAACUCAUACUGAAUAAUUUUGUGUACAAUAGUUUAUAGGUGAACUAAAAAUAUCUGAAGUUUUCAAUGAUAAUGCUCUGGCCAAAUGAGUAUUUGGGAUACUUUCUACCUGAUUUCUAAUGACAUUUUAUAAUAACAUGCAGCUGUUUAAAUUAUCUAAAACAGUAAUUUUUUAUUAAAAAUUUUUUUGUUAUGAACAGAAAAAAAAUGGCACCUAAAAUCUGACAAAACAAUCCCCCAUAAAGCCAGACUAAAAUUUAAUUUAAUAGCACCCCUAUGUCAACUACUAUGAAUAUCUUGCCCUUAUAUUUGUUAUUAUGAAGCAUAUUAAUGUAUUGUUAAAAAAUUCGGCAAGAAGUAUUUAGUCUUAAUUUUAUAUGAUUAGUUUGUGACAAAAUAAAAGUUGUCCAUGUUUUUAUCUAGGUGUGAGCAAGUAGAUUAUUAUUUAUUGUAUACAUUCAAGUGUAAUCAUUGUCAAUUUUAUUGUAAGUAAAAUGAUGUGACUUUCUUUGAGUUUUAGGGUUUUCAUCCUGAUGGAUAUUAUUAGUCAUAGAAAUAAGGUGUUAUCUACCUUAUCUGAUCCAUUGGUUGAAUAUGAUUGUUUAAGAAUGUAAGUGUACUUAUGCUUAGAUUUAUUAAUUAUACAAAAUAACUCCUACCUACCAUCAUGUUUAUUUUUUUUUAUUAAAAAAAUAUAAUAAGAAUUAUCAUUCUAGAUUUACAUGUCAUAGCAACAAAAUUUUUGUUUAUCAACAACUGUAAGUUUGAAUUAACACAAGAAUUUGGUUUUAUGCAUAAGCUAUUCCUUGCAAGCUAUUGAUGACUUUACUUACAAACGUCUUUAGUAGACCCCAGCUUGCUUUGAACUUAAAGCUGCUACAAGAUUACAACUUUAAUAAGUUUAAAUGUACCUAAUUUGAAUUACUGGAAAUCAUUUUAUAAUAUUUGUUUUCUGUCCAUGUUUAAUGUGAUUUAGACAAGUUAUACUGUUUAUUACGCUCAUGUGUUAUAAGACUGAUUUUCGUUACUGUAUAAGUUCACUUAUGGUAAAAUGUUUUAAGCACACUUUUUUAGAAGUAUUUUAUCUAUUAAUGUAUGUAAAUGGGAGUACACGCGAACAUGCCGUUUUUUUUUCCUGACGUUUUGACUAUUAUAUCAUUAAACGCGAAAGUUGAAAAGUAUUUAGCCUUUUUUAUUAUGCCAUAAAAAGACGUAUGUAGUCUUACUUAUGAUUCCUUACUGGGUAGGUACCACAAAGCAAGGAAGUCACACACCCACCCGGUCUGAGCUGACCUUGCCAAAUACCAUUUGUCCAAGUUAUACAAGACCUAUGUUUGUCGUGAAAAAAUGCUGCUGAACAAGUUUGAUAUUUAGGUAUUUAUGUUAAAUACAGCAAAGUUUGCUUUUAAAACCUAAGGGUCGGCCGCAAGCCUGGUCUGUUGUCUGGCGGAAACUGAGUGUUUUACAGUAGAAUAAGAUAUUGCCAAAACUGUUUGUACAAAAAUAAAUUAUACUAUUUUUUGUAUUAACGGCAAAUUAUUAACAAAAAUCAAUUGGGAUUGCAAUUUUGAUAUUGUCUUAGUGUCUAUACUGACAUCAUGUACUGUAUAAUUAAUUUAUUUAAACGCAUUGUUUUACCAUUAAAAAUAUGUUGAUUUAAUUAAACAUUUUAUAUUAA